AUGGAUAAAGAUGACACGAAAUCUUCAGAAUCAGAAAUGCAAACAUCGGACUAUAUACAAACAGAAAAAAUACGAAAACCACAGCCGAGUGAUUUUGCGGAAAUCAUGAAGAAUCUAAGCAUAGAUGAUUUCAAAAAUGUUGGUAAAAUGGCGUGUUUCCGUGGUAGUCUCCUAAAUGGAAUCGGUGGUGGUGCCACAAUCGGAGCGCUGCGAUAUAUGCUGAAAGGUAGUAUUCUCUCUGCCUCAAAUUGGGCUGUUGGAUCGUUUUUCUUAAUCUCGAUGGGAUCAUGGGAGUAUUGCAGGAGAAAACGGAGACUGCAACAUGAAAGCAUGUUGGUUGUUGUACAGAAAUUAAACGAACUGAAGAGGAAAAAGACACAGGAAAAAGCAGCUGAAAAUGCAGAGAAAAUUGAUUCUGUUACAACAUAA